GCCACAGACAUAGAAGCAUCGCAUAGCGAGCCACGCGAAUAGAUUCCUUUGAAUAUGCAGCUCUUCAGCCUGCUGCUACUUGGUGCCUUCAGUUGCUGUGCAGCCGCUCCACGUGGCUAUUACUACGACUAUCCACCACGGCGAGCACCUCCUUCGGUCUAUAACUACAACUCACAGAACACUCGCUAUAGUCGCCAGAGCACCAGCAACAACAACAACCAGAGCAAAGCGGACACGGAGAAUCCCAAGUUUGCGGGUGCUGGAAAUCAGGAGCUAGAUGAGCUGAGCUCCGAUGUAGGCGACGAUCGAUCACUGUUGCUCAAGAAGAAGCUGAAGAGAUUAUAUCGCCCCUAUGCGGCUGCUGCUGCUUCCUAUGGCUAUGGCUAUGGCAGACCCUGCACACCUUUCGGACGGGACGCAGCUGGCCAAAAGGAUCCGGUGGAGCAAGGACGUUUUCUGUUCGACUUAAAUGUGUACAAUGUGUAUCCAAGCGGUGGUGGCUGUCGUGGCUACGGUGGGGGCUUGGGUGGCUUAGGUGGACUGGGUGGCGGCUUGCUGUCGGAUCCUGCUGGUCCAGUGCCGGUGCCAGUGCCAGUGCCAGUGCGCCCCUAUGCGCCGUUAGCCACCUGGCUAUCACUUUUCGCGCCUGGGAUUCUGCAGAACAGCCUGGCAACCACUGUGCCAGGUGUGCCUUACGCAGAUCAGCUGCCAGCGCGUCCUGUGGCUUCUGCUAGUGACUUACAAAGCGAUCCAGCCGUGGAUCCCAACUAUACGCCAGCUCCCGUGCGUCGCCCAGUACCCAAUCGUGUCUACUAUGACUCUGCAGGCGCGCCACCAGUUACGCCGGGUCAGCUAUUGGGCGGUGUCUCCACGACCAUCAAUGGAAUCAUUCAACAGCUAGCGGGCCAAGUUCAGCCGGUCUACCAAACAGGCGUCUAUCGUGCGAGAGACAAUCGUAGCAGCUAUGGAUAGGCCGGAUUACGAAACUUAAAAUCGAUUAGUAUUUUAAUUUAAUUAUAUGUUUAGCUAUGAUUAAGUGGAAAUAAAAGACGAAAU